GCGGGGAAUUCAAAUGGAGAAGGAAAAACUGCUACAGUUCCAAAAACUGAGGACUUGGAUUAUGAAUUACCAUCGUAUACUACAUCUGCAGGGGAUGUUGGGAUUAGGGGCAGCAAGUUUGAGAUAUUGACUGUACUGGUUAGAGAGGCGUAGAAUCCAUGUCAAGGAGCAAGUUGAUCCAAAGCUGAAGCAGACAAUGUUGCAAGUUCAUCUGGAGGCAAACUACGAGCAUUCUUUAUUGGAAUGGGAUUCCAACCAUGCCUUGUUGAUAAAGUGAUAGAGGACAAUGGUGAAGAAAACUCUGAAAUUUUACUAGAGGCUCUCUUGAGAUGUUCUGCUCAUAAAUCCAAUUAUGAGUCAUCUGAUUCUUUGGAUGGCUCUCUUAAUACAAGCAGGGGUCAGAGAAAUGCCCCAAAUUUCUGUCCUGAUGAUCACUCAAAAGAGUCUUCUGAUUCUCUGGAUAGCUUGUUUGAUGACAAGGAUCCUCCUGAAAUUUCCAUGCUCAAUCAACCAAAAGAGGAGCCUGAUGAACUUAGUGAAGUUAUUGAUGAUAAAAGAGGUACCCUAUUGAUGAUGAAUUUCUCUGUGGAGGAAGUUGACCUUGCAUUCCAAAAGCUUGGUGUUGAAGCAUCAGUUCCUGAGCUGGUGGACUUCAUCAUUGCUGCCCAGAUUGCUAAAAAGAUGAAAAAGGAACCAGAUGAUGUUAUCUGUUAUGACAGAGGAAAUGAGGCUAGCAAUGAAAAACUCUUUGGAAUUAUGGCAAAGACACUUCAAUUGUUUGAAAUGGGCUUCUCUGAGAAUGAAGUAUCAUCAGCAAUUGAUAAAUUAGGUCCAGAAGCUCCAAUUUCAGAGCUUGCAAACUUUAUUUUUGCAGAACAAAAUGGGAUCGAUUAUGUAAUGGAAUAUAAGUAUCCCACCACUUCUACUUAUCCUUGGGUGGUCAAAGAUGAACCGGAAAUGGAUUUAUAUGGUACAACAGAAGUGAAAGCUGAGAACUUUAGCCAUGAACCUCCACAAUCUAGCCGGAUUAACUUUGAGGAAGUGUACAAUGGUAAAAGGGUGAAGGAAGAAGAGUAUAUUGAUGAAUUUCCAAGUGUUGUUUCUGACAUGAGAUAUUUAGAUUUUAUGGAGAACGAUAGAGGUAAGAGGCCCAAAUAUGAAUAUAACGAUGAUUCAAGCUCUUGUCUUGAUCCAUAUUGGGUGGAAGAAAAGGUUGAUACUGUUGUUGCUGAAAUGUCACUUCGCAAAUUAAACCCAUCCAGGUGUCUUAGUAGUGUGGCAGCAAAGCCACCAUUUUUCUUAUUUGGGAAUGUUUCAAACAUAUCCUAUGUCUCAUGGGCCAAAAUGUCUCAGUUUUUAUAUGGUAUUGAGCCUGAAUUUGUGAAUACUCAGUUCUUUUCUGCUUUAAAUAGAAUAGAAGGCUAUAUACACAAUCUUCCAGCUGAAAACAGGUUCCACAUCCUUCCAAAGCCACCUAUGACUAUCGAAGAUGCAAUACCGCGGACAAAGAAAUGGUGGCCACCUUGGGAUUCAAGGAAGCAGUUGAGCAGCAUCUAUUGUGAAACUAGUGGAAUAGCACAACUUUGUGAUAGGCUAGGAAGGACUCUAGCUGAUUCUGGUGGAGUGCUCACGUCUGAACAGCAGAAAGACAUUCUUUUUUAUUGCCGUGGAUUGAAUCUUAUGUGGACUGGUAAAUACAAACUGGGUCCUGUAGAGCCUGAGCAGUUGGAGCUUAUUUUAGGCUACCCUGUGAAUCACACUCGUGCUGCUGAGGCCAAUGUGACCGAAAGACUUAAAUCACUGAAAUACUGCUUCCAGACAGACGCAUUGGGAUACCACCUUUCUGUGUUGAAGCCCAUUUUCCCUUGUGGAUUGACAAUGUUAUCACUUUUUAGUGGUAUAAGUGGGGCAGAAAUUGCCCUACAUCGCCUUGGUAUUAAACUAAAAGCUGUCGUCUCAGUUGAGACUUCUGAGACCAAGAGGAAGAUUCUUGAUAGGUGGUGGCAUAGUUCUAGACAAACUGGGACUUUGGUUCAGAUUGAAGACGUUCAAAAACUUACUAGUAAAAAGCUUGAGAAUUUAAUCAGUAAGUUUGGUGGUUUUGACCUUGUAAUUUAUCAGAACCCAUGCUCUCACUCUAGUUCAGGCGUUCGGCCUGAUUUAAGUCUCUCAGCUCUUGAUUUUUCAGUGUUCUGUGAAUCUGUUCGUGUUUUGCAACGUGUAAGAGGUCUCUGUGAAAGGAAGUGAGUGAAGUGGCUCGUAUUUCCUUGUAGUAAAUAAUGUUUGUUGAUGCCUUUAAUGGCUUGCCCCGUCCUUAUUUGAACAUUUCAUUCUUAACAGGGGCAGUUGAUGCAGUAUAUGUGACCAAAUAUAAAGUUUAGUGCAGUGAAUUUGUAAGUAGGAUUAUCUCUUUUUUAAUUGUAGGAUAGGAAUCGUUCACACCUAUAAUAAUAUUGAAGUAAAUGCAU